AUGUCGAACGCGGCGAGCGAUCAGACGAAAAAAAUUCUAGUCGGCGCUGCAAUUGCCACUGCCACAAUCGGCGCUGGAUAUUUGUUAUACAAAAAUUUAGGAACGACGACAAAUUUGGCGAAAGAACUUGAGAAAUUGAAGGCCGAAGGAAAUGAGUAUUUCAAACAGAAGAACUAUCAGAAAGCUCGUGAAUUGUUCACGAAGGGAAUAGAAAUUGGAGAGGCGAAAAAUUCAGAGGGCAAUCUCGUUGCAAUGUUGUACCAGAAUCGCGCAGCAUGCCGGGAGAAGAUUGGCGACACGGCUUUCGACAUCCUCAAUGAUUGUUUGGCAGCUUUGAAGCAUGAUAAAAAGUACGCAAAGGCUUAUCUGAGAGCGGCGAAGCAGCUGCACAUGAUUGGAAAGAAGCAGGACGCAUUGACAUAUCUGCUCGCUGCUUUUACACUUGACGAGAAAUUGAACAAGUCCAACUUUGCAUUCUUCGACGAACUAUUGGACACUGAUAAUACGGAAUGCGUUAUUGAACCAUCCAAAGAAGCUAUAAAAUCGCCAGCUCCUGUUUCAUUGUUUAGGAUUCAACAAUGGUGGGAUACGUGGGAUAUUAUGGACCUGUUCAAGAAAGAUUUGAUAUCUUUCACGCCGGAAGUUGACAAUGAUGAACAGCAAAAUUAUCGAAAGGCUCUUGAUGCGAUCAAAGCUGGGCGAUAUGAGGCGGUUCUCGAAUUAUUGAAUUCCGACGAGAUCGCGUUUUUCCCAGCGGCGAUCCUUCGCGCAAAAUUUCUGCUCUACUCUAUUGAUCGCGAGACUGCAACGAAGAGCAUCGCGAAGCUCGUGAUAAAUAUCGCAUCGGCUCUGGAGUCCAUCGAAGACGAGGAACGACGACGACUUGUGCAAGAAGCGUUUGAUAUUCUUCGAAUCGAAGCAUGCGAAACUGUUGGCGAAUUGGACAAGUAUUUGGAAUACAUGGCGAAGCCAAGUGAACCGACCCGACGAUUCAAUUUGAACCUGUUCGCCGCAAUCAAUGUGUAUAAUGGAUGCGCAUUAGACACAACGGCAACGUCCCAUCAACAGCAGAUGAUGGCUGAUACGAUGAAUACAUCGAGAUACUUGAAAGCUGCCGCUGAAGUUCAAUCCCUAACAACCCAUACUAAAGCCAUUGAGCUUUUCGUGAAGUUGUGUUCGAUCGAAGACUAUAGCGAAGUCCAUAAGACGAUUCGCGAACUUGAAGAAUUGGCAACGAGCCAGCCGACGCAUUUCGUACUACUUCUCAUGACCAAAGUAUAUUUAAUGACUGGAAAUGGUGAAUCCGCGAGAAAACUGCUGGAAGAGGCGGAGAAGAUCAACACACGGUGUCUGGUUGCGGCUAGACAUUUGCAAUCAGCCGACUUAUAUUUGAACGUUUCGCAAGAGGAACGUGUACGAAAAGUGUCCGAAUGCGCAAAGAAGGCGUUAGAAGUCGAUGAAUUCAAUUUUUCUGCUCACAUUCUGCUUCUGCUUGGCUCGAAUGGUCCAGAACCAUCGAUUAAGAGGGAACACUAUGAAGAGGCAAUCGAGCACAUAAAAAUGGCGGCGGUAUUUGCGCCGAUUCGCGAGUUGCUCAUGCUCAAAAAGAUGCUGCCGUUGAUGAAUGCGAAGAAGCGCGCGUCGGAAUUGCUCGGAGUCUAUUAA